AUGGCUCGCGUCGUUCGUAAUAGCAAGUUUCGUCAUGUUUUUGGUCAGCCAACGAAGAAAUCCGAUUGUUAUGACAAUAUACGUAUAACAAAAAGUGCUUGGGAUUCGACAUUCUGUGCAGUUAAUCCGAAAUUCGUUGCAAUCAUAACUGAAUCAGCUGGCGGUGGUGCGUUUCUUGUAUUACCGCUGGAAAAAGUUGGACGCAUCGACCGAGAAGUUCCACUUGUCAGUGGUCAUAAAUCAGCUGUACUUGACAUCGCCUGGUGUCCACACAAUGAUAACGUCAUUGCUAGUGGCUCGGAAGAUUGCACCGUUAAAAUCUGGCAAAUACCAGAUGGCGGAAUAACAGCGACACUAACAGAAUCAUCGGUUGAUCUUGUUGGCCAUCAACGACGCGUGGGACAAAUCGCGUGGCAUCCAAGUGCAUUGAAUGUCUUGCUCAGUGCUGGUGGUGAUAUGAAAAUUUUCAUUUGGAAUGUUGGUAAAGCGACAAUUUUAUCAACUAUCGAUUGCCAUACAGAACCUAUUCUGAGUGUAUCGUGGAAUUUUAAUGGCUCACGUAUUGUCACCUCAUCGAAAGAUAAAUUAUUACGAGUCAUUGAUCCACGCAGUGGUGAAGUUCUUCAAUCAGGAACUGGACACCAAGGCGGAAAACCUGCUCGAGCGAUUUAUUUACGUGAUGGGCGAAUCUUUUCGACGGGCUUUUCAAAAAUGGCUGAACGACAAUAUGCUGUCUGGGAUGAGAACAAUCUUUCUGCGGCAUUAACAAUGGAAGAACUUGAUUCAUCAAAUGGUAUUAUGUUUCCAUUCUAUGACCAAGACACUAAUGUUAUUUAUCUAUGUGGAAAGGGAGAUUCAGCGAUUCGAUACUUUGAAUAUACACCCGAAGCACCCUACAUUCAUUAUCUUAGUUCGUAUACAUCUUCGGAUCCACAACGUGGAAUUGGUUCUAUGCCAAAGCGUGGAUUGAAUAUUAGCACAUGUGAAAUCGCUCGCUUUUAUAAACUACUGAACAGUGGUCUUUGUGAAGUCAUCAGUUUUACUGUACCACGAAAAUCAGAGCUUUUUCAAGAUGAUCUGUACCCGGAUACGGCUGCUGAAGAACACGCUAUCACUGCUGAUGAAUGGAUUGCCGGACAAGAUGCUGAUCCAAAAUUGAUUUCCAUGCGUGACCUACAUUCAGGUACAAAAUCUGCACAAAGUUCAACAACGUCCAGUCCGUCGCCAGCGAAAGAGGUUGUGUUCGGUAAAACAGGUCUAGCUGCAAAACCGUCCGAACCCAGACCCACAAACAAUUCAGUUCCAAAAUCGGAUACAAAUUCUGUUCACUCGACUAAACCACCAUCAACUACUUCUUCUCCUCAAGUCGUUGCUGCCAACAAUAAAGAAAAUGAAGAGCUUCGUCGUCGUGUGGACGAUCUUGAGCGUCGUGUUAAAGUCCUUGAAAAAGCCCUAGCAAAUAGUUCAGCUCCAGGGUCGACAGUUCAGGAUAGUGAUAAUUCUAAGGACAAUAAUACUGCCGAUUCGAAUGAUGUUGAUGAAGAUUUAAAAUUUUAA